AUGGCUGUCCAACGAGCCGAAAACAUGGAAUUUCGCUGUUUAAAAUACCGGUCCGCUCGCGCAGACGAAAGCAAGGAAACGUCUGAUUUGAAAAACAACACGAGACAAGCUUGGUUAAAUUUAAUUCUAAGAACCCGAGAAUCAUCGCCAGAAUUGAAGAAAAGUAUAGAGGCAAUCAACAUCUACAUUUGUGAAAGACACUUCAAACCUGAAUGCAUUCUAACAUGUGAGUAUUAUUGUUUGCAUUUUGUGCGUCUUGUUAUAUUUACACUCGUGAUUGACUAGAACAAAGGGCUAUUCAUGCAUAUCAAAAUUUGCUCAUUGCUGUAUCUAAUUUUACUUUAAGAUCCAAAAAGAAAGGUCUUAGUAACUGGAAGCAUUCCCACUGAGAACUUGCCGACCAAAAGUCAUGACAAAGUCACGGCCAGUGUUGCUGACACGCCAUCAACGUCCUCAUCCGAUGUAUCGCCGACAUUAACGCUCGAAGAUCUUCAGAAAUAUAUGAUCGGAAAGCAUAUUUUACCCUGGACGGUGAAAGCUCGUAGCGAGGAAGGCACGAAGUUCGAGUACUACGACGAGUCCCAUAGCAUCCCAAAAUUUACAAUAGGUGUAAAUGAAAGGUUAGAAUUUACUGCAUAUGUAUACAACUGGCCAAUUCCAGACAACCACAGUAUAUACCAAUUAGAAGGAAAGAAAUGCCUCAAAACCUUGGACGAUGCCAUAGAAAUGCUAAAGUUGGUCACAAAUUCUAACCUUUGUGAAGGCUUACCACAAGAUCUUGAUGUUGUUACAACUGUAGCAGUUGAUCCAACUUGGAAUGAAAAGUUGUCCCACUUCACUCAGUCCACUGUUAUUUGA